AGAGCCAGAUUGCUAAAUCGUCGCUCCGAAGUGAUCGCUCGCAGGCAGUCAACAUCUUGCUAACAGUAACGGAAAAUGUAUGAAGGUCGUGUGGAUCGCUUGUCCUCUAUCAUCAAGGACAAAAAAUACCCUUCAGAGUACUGUACAGUAGAGGUUCAAUAGCGGUACGUCCUACUUCCCUCAUAAACGGCUAAACCGCGCCUUUUCAUUGCUUACCUCUCCGAGAACAAAAACGCGUUUGGUUCUUGCUCAAAGAACAUUCUUUGAUUCCUAAAUAUCAUUUUUUCCCAUCUUUAAAUGGUACCCAAUUCGCAAAAUUUACGGAUUAUUGUUCUUCCUACUUUGAUCUGCUCUACAAUCUAUUCCUUUAUCAAAAAAUUAUACUUCCGACCAUCUGGGCAUUGUUAAUUCUACCUUAAUGUUUACUCUCUUUCUGGGUUUUCUUCUGGGGGCGUUGACGGUUAUCGUCGUCGAAGUUCUGGGUUUCCUUCACAUCCUGGAUCGAUUGGCCCGGAAAAAAGAAGUCGGGCGGAGGAAAUCCCUAUCAGAUGGUGACCUCGAUUCUGAACAGUCUAUUGCCUUCGCUUACAACAAGCAGGGGGUUGUUUGGGUAUUAGAAUCAGAAAGGGUUUCAAAGCUUUGGCCUGAGGAGAAAGUGCUGAGGGAGCAAAAAAACAAGGAGAUCUUGGAAGUUUCCCCUGUAAAAAAACAUGCUAAAAUUAAAAACCGGUCACUUGUCUUGACAGAUCCAGAUGGUUCUCAGGCAACUAUUCAGCUUGUGGGUUGCAUAGUUCUAGCUGUUUCUGGCUCAAAUCUAUCCUCAAAAAAGUGGGCCAAAAGGUACCCGAUUAAAGUGGAAAGCAGGGACUCGGUAAUUUACAAUGGAAGUAAAACUUUUUAUGUGUAUCUUGAGACUUCUUGGGAGAAGGAAGCAUGGUGUAAAGCACUCCGUUUGGCUGCUACCUCUGACAAAGAAAGAGUAUACUGGUACGCCAAGUUGAAUGCUGAGUUCCAUGAUUAUUUGGCAUCCUUAGUCGCAGGAUACCCUUCAUUGAUAAAACCAUCAAUAGGCUUUUUCGGUGAGCCAACAGAUAGAGCAAAUGGGCUUGAUAGCUCUUCUUCAAAGGUUCGUCUCUUUCUGAAAAAGCUUGCAAAGAAGGCUUCUAGAAGUGCUAUUGAGAAUAAGUCAAGUUGGACUUCAUUAUCAGUCCGAGAAGAGAGAAGGAUUGGUGAGAAAUCUCAUUCAGUCCAAGAUUUAUCCUUGGUCAGUGGGUUGAAUGCUCCUUCAAUAGAUAAAUCUGUAAAUACUAGCUUGGAGGAAGAUAUCACACUUCCAUUACCAUCAGCAUUUACUCACUCAGGAAGCCAAAAUCAAACUUCUAUUUCCGAAGCAGAUUCUGACAAAAAAUUUGGUGUUGAUGAGGGAACACUUUGUUGGAAUUUGUUAAUGUUUCGUCUUUUCUUUGAUGCAAAAAGAAAUGCAGACUUGAAAAGUUUCAUACAAGCACGAAUUCAGAGAACAUUGUCCAGUAUGCGGACUCCUACUUACAUUGGUGGAGUCACAUGUACUGGAUUAGAUCUUGGGAAUCUUCCUCCUUAUAUCCAUAACAUGAGGGUUCUUCCCAUGGACAUCCAUGAGGUCUGGACCAUGGAAAUUGACAUUGAAUAUUCGGGUGGUGCAACAUUGGAUAUUGAAACAAGACUUGAAGUUCGUGAACCAGACUUCCAAAAAGGCAUACUGAAUACGAGUUUGGAAUCGGAUUCUGUUGGAGAGGCAAGUUCAGACCUUCUUGAGGGUUUUGAAAAUUUUGGGAACCAAUUGAAGCUCUCUGAGGAGGCGGAUGACAAAAUAGAGAGGAGGGAUGAUGUGGAUGAUAAGUUUGAUGGGUUGAGGAACUCAAAGAGCACAAGUUGGACAUCAAAUUACAAAUCAAGGUGGAAAUCAAUAUUAAAAUCCAUUGCCAACCAAGUCUCUCAGGUGCCUCUUUCUUUGGCAAUAAGGGUUGCAUCAGUUCGAGGAACAGUGCGAUUGUUUAUAAAGCCACCCCCUUCUGAUCAGUUGUGGUUUGGGUUUACAUCAAUGCCUGACAUAGAUUUCAACCUUGAUUCUUCUGUUGGCGACCACAAGAUUACCAGUGGACAUGUUGCAUUGCUCUUGGGCAAUCGGUUUAAGGCAGCCAUCCGAGAAACUUUAGUACUUCCAAAUUGUGAAAGUGUGUGCAUCCCAUGGAUGUUAGCAGAUAAGAAUGACUGGGUUCCCCAAAAAGUUGCUCCAUUUAUAUGGGUUAAUCAAGAACCUGUUAGUGAGUCCAGAAUUUGUGAUGCACCCAGCCAACUUGGGGAUGCAAAGAUACAACCUGAAUCAUGUAGGGGAAACAAGCAAAGACCCAGUGAUUAUCCCGAAGAAAAACAUGACAAAGCAGCAACUGAUGUAUCUGUUCAACAGCCAAACCAGAAGCCCUCAAAUGAGUCUGUAUCUUCUUCUCCCAGCUUAACUCCAUCGAAUUCCAGCAAUCAAUCUGCCGGCAGCCAGUCCUUGCAAGAUUUGAGGGCUCCACUUUCAAAGAAUGACGAAGCACAAGAAAUCUACAACGAGAACGGACCCAAUAACCCAGAGUAUCUACCAACAUCAAGGUCAGUAGCGAUAACAGAACAGACCUCGUUUGAUGAGGAUGUAAAACCUAAGAGAAUAGGAAGGAGAGAAAGGAUGAUGGGUUUGGGAAAGAAAAUGGGAGAAAAAUUUGAAGAAAAAAGGCGUCAUAUUGAAGAAAAGGGCAGGCACAUUGUUGAGAAGAUGCGAGGACCAUGAUGGUACUUGCACAUACUCUCUCCCUACUCCAGCUCCCUCUGCAUAGAGUCCAAAAUAUGAGGAAACCUGCUAUUUGACUAUUUGUUGUGAUUUAAAAGCUCCUUGGGCCAAAAGGUAACAAACAAAACUCAUUUGGUCUUUGUAAGAUAAAAUAUUGCACAGGACCCAAGGGUGAAUUCCCCCCCCCCCCCCUUUCCUGAUUAUCCAGAUGCUGUUUGGUUUAGAGAUUGUAUUCUAUCAA